GAAACCGUGCUUUGAACUUUAACAACUCCUACGGGUUCAUUUUUUGGUGGUUCCUCACGGUAAAGCAAGUUUUUGAAGUGUUUAGUAAUAAAGUUAAAAGUUUCAAUAAGCGUCAAAGUCACACAAAAGGCGCCUGUUCAAGGGCAAAGUGUGCGAAACGCAACAACAACAACAGCACCACUGCAAUGUGGUGAUCUGAUCUGACUUGACCCGACUUGUCCCAUCAGACAACUGACAAUUUUAGAAAAUCCGCAAAAGGACAAUCCAUUCGAUUACCGAUAAGAACAGCUUCACAAUGAGUGUGAUUUACUGAUUUCUCACGACCUAAAACCUUAUAAACUAAGAAAGUGGUGUGAGAUUAGUUUUCAUUAUCCGGUUUGUGCUUUGUAGACCUCCCGGGUGAUGCAUUUUACAGUGACGUGAAACUUUGAGGUGAACAUAAUUGGUUAGCUUUAACAGUUUGGAUUGUUUACUACAGCUGUUCUCAUCACACAAAUAACAUCAAACAUGCAGAACUGCUAUAAUCGAGGAACGAGGGAGGAGCAGCAGUCUAAGGAUGAUGAGCGACUCACCAAGAGGCACAUUGAAACACUCUCGUUUGUCCAAGAACUGGGACUGGAAAACAAACAGAUGAAAGCAAAAAUUGAGCUACUGGAGGCAGAGAUGUUAAAAUGCAAAGAGAUUCAUGCAUUUGCUCAGGAGAGUAAGGAAAGACUGACUAAACUACAGGAACAGUUUUUGAAACGGACAGAUGAUAUAACAGCAAUGAUGACAGAAAAACACAGGGCAGAGAUGCUGAAACAAGCCACAGAGAAAAUAGAAAUGGAACAGAGAAUGCAGCAUGAAAUUGACACACUCAAGGAAGAGUUGUCAAAGUUAGAGAGUGAAAAUGCUCAGCUCUCCCAGGAAAUCUCACAGAGAAGUCACAACAGUGAACUAGAGGAACUUAAGAAACAGCUAGAAGAUGCCAGAUCACAAAUUGACAGACUCCAAAUAGAAAAUGAGGACUCCAGGACCAUGAAGGAUAGGACUGUUACAGACCUUGAAAAAAUUCAAGCGGAAAGGGAGGCAACCUUAGUUUUGACGAAGGAACUAAAAGAAGCCAAUCAAAAGAACAGAGAACUGAAUUUUAGAAUAUCUAAACUUGAGAGUCAGUUGGAAGAUGCUAAGUGUGACAAGACUGAUCAUGAAUUAGUGGAUUCACUGACAAAGAGGCUGACAAAAGUACAUAAGGAAAACCAAGAAUUAAGCCAAAGAGAAUCAGAGUACAACUCUUUAGUGAACAAACUAUAUGCCGAUGUUCAGAACUUAACUCAGUCAUUAAAAGAAUCUGAAGAGGAGCGCAGAAAACUGAAAAUGGAGUAUGGUAACUUGGUAGCAGAGAUUGUCAACUUGAAAAAGAAACUACGGCUAUACCAGGAAAAUCAAAAUUUCAAGGAAUAUGUGGCAUUGAAACGAGAAAUAAGUUUGUUGAAAGAAGAGAACACCCAGCUAAAACAAAAACAUUGUGAGAAGAGAACUUCAUUGCCAAUGCUGAAAGCCUGUGUACCACUUACACCAAGUGUGGAUACGACAGUUUUAAAGAAAGAAAAGAAACAAAGGUCACAAAAAUCUCCUUCAAAGUUAACAAGUAUACCUUCACUUUGUGAUUAAAAUGAGUGCUUGGGUAUUCAUGCUCCAAAGAGAUAGACCUUAGAUGGUAAUACAUGUAUAUGACCACAUAACAGGUCCAUUCCACCAAGAGAUCUUUGGCUAAAGUGUAAUCAUUAAAGGAUACAUGAUAAGGAACUCUAAAACAAAGAUUAUGUUUCUAUGCCAAAUGAAGAAAAUAAUGCCCCAGAAUUUUCGUUAAAAAAAUUUCAUUUUAGGGAUAUUUUUGUAUCUGUUAAUUACCCCUCUCUAUUAUGCAUAUUUUCCGUCAAGGUUUAAAUUUUUUGGGAAAUUAUGUCAUUGUUGAUCUUGCUCAGCACUCAGUGAACACCCCUGAAGUGCCAGAGCCAGGUGAGUCGUGUGGCUACAGUGUGGGCAAGGUGACAUGCACAUAUUUACUGCAUGGCUUCUUCUAGCCAAGCUUAGCGCCCCUGCCACGCCCUUACACUGACCCCCAUUCGUUCUGCUCUGCAUCCUAUUUGGUCCAUUCCCUGCUGAGCUUUUUUUAACACAGGGGUCAUCAUUGUCAUCAUUGCUGCAAACUACUUAAUUUCCAGGCUGACCGCUGGGGCCUGAAGAAAACUGUACUUUGAAGCCUUUUUUACUCCCCAAAGUGAAAGUUGAAAAAUUUGUUUGUACUAUUAUAUGUACACAUAUACACAUCAUAAUCUGCACAUUAAGAAAUAAACCAAAGCAUUUCAUGUAUCCUUCAAGUUAAUUGUACCAGAAAUUACAGUCAUGAAAGAAUUAUCUUCACAACCCACUUGUUCUGUGAUCACAGUUUCAACUCCCAGAAAGGAAAAUGACUGAAAUCUUUUUUUGUGAAAUUGGUCUCAGGGAUGUUAAAUGGUUUACCACAUCAGGAUGUAUGUAAAUACCUGUUUACUAUCAAUGAGUGUGUUCAAACAUUCAAACGUCUUCACAUACCAUAAGGUGGCUGUGACCAUGCAUGAGCAUUGAUUAUUCAUUGAUUAUAAAAUACGUGUGUUGAUUAUAUAACCCCUCAGUCCACUGAAUUUCACUUUUAAAUCCAACCUGCUUCCCAGUACCUUGUUAUAUUAUUUUGGUUGUCAAGUAAAACCACUUUGCGUCUUAAAGACCGUAGUAGUUAGUUUGAAAUCAUCAUUACUUAAUGAUGUAUAUAUAUCAGCUGUUUGUAAUGUUGAUGGCCUGCAUUGUUUUGGUGGGUUUCGUUGCACAUGUAAGCCUGAACUUUGAUCGCACCUGCAUUGUUCAUUGGUGUAGAUAGAUGUGUUUCCAUCGAAUGACUCCCAAUGUAUUUGUAACCAGAGUAAAACCAUCAAGCAUCAUAAGUGCUUUUAUUCUCUUAUCAUUCAUGUGAUGUCUUUCUGGCAGUUUGAUGUGCCUGCUAGCCAUGAUUAUGUA